CAGCGUGCAGCGCGCGCUUCAUUCUUGCACUGAGAAGGAGGCAGAAACAGUCAGAGCCUGGAUCCAUUCAUUCACGGACUGCGUGUUUUAUCCAGCAUGUCUGUGGGCAGCUCGCUCUCUACGGACUCGUCCCCACUGUGGGCUUUUCUCCUGUGCUCAGCUUUCAGCGUCCGGACUCUGGUUCAAGGUGAGGUUCUGGUGAUUGGUUCAAAUCUUCCAAUCAUCGCUGCUCCGGGUGAUGAUGUGAUCCUGCCGUGCCACCUGGAGCCCUUGUUUGAUGUUCGGGGUCUGACGGUGGAGUGGUCCCAACCCGACCUGAAGCCCGACCCGUCAGACCGGCUGAGCCGAGUCGAGUACGUUCACCUGUACAGGGACAGGAAGGAGGUCCCCGACAUGAAGCUGGCAUCGUACUUCAGGAGGACGGAGCUGUUCAUGGACGACCUGAAACACGGGAACAUUUCACUGAAGAUCCUGAACGUGUCGGAGGAAGACAGCGGCAGAUACAGAUGUUUCAUCCCGAAGCUGCGGAGCAGCGUGAAGGCCGCCAUCGUUCAGCUCGUAGUUGAUCCAAACUUUGCUAAAACCUCAACAACAGAGACUCUGCUGGAUCCCGCGAUCCUCCAAACUCCAGAUCCUCGAGACACGACAUCAGGAAAUGCAGGUCGGUCCAGGGUCUCUGCGGUCAUCGUUGUCGUCGCCUUCAUAUCCGUCGCUGCUCUCGCUGCAUAUUUCUGCCUUCGUCGGAAACAAAAUAAGUAUCCAAAUGAUGGGAUCCAAAGUCAACCAUAACAAUUCCAGGUGCCUUGCUCAAAGGAGUGUUGGUGUUAAUGAAACCAAGAAAUUGGUAUUUCCUGGAUCUUCACUGUCAGUUUGGGAAUUCAAACCAGAAGCCACAGGUAGACAUUUGGGCCCUGCAGCAGUGUAAAACAACUAUUAGAUAAACGUGGAAUCACUGUGUCAAACACUGGAAACAUCAACCAGUGGAGGAACCCUGUGUUCAAACUGAUGGAGGCCCUUUAAUGCAGUAUUGAAGUUCAGCCUGGAGAAAAAAAAAGAAGGAUCAAAAGUUCUAUUUCCAUAGAUUUGUAUUUAGUGGCAGCUUUAGUGUUUUAGUUUAUUGAAAUGUUACACCUUACUGGUUAAGGUCACCUCAAAUCUUCCUCAAAGUGACCUGUGAUGGACAAAAUUAAAGGGGAAACUGAUCCUCACUGACUGAUCACACAACAUGUGGAAAGAUGGAAAAAGAAACUGACCUAAAAAAAAAGACUUGAACAGCAUCAACAGGCUUUGAUGUAACAGAAUCCUGAUUUAUGGAGACUGUAUGCAGAAUUCCUCGGCUGUACGCUGACUUCACUGAAGGAAUGCUGGCUACUAGCUGAGCUAUGAGCAGACCCAAGUACCACAGAGACCUCCUGCACUGAUAGAAGAAGCUGCUGCACUUUCAAAAGUUUACCAAACAGAGUUUAAUGCGAGUCAGAUUUAGAACGGGUCGGUUAUUGUGAUGCUGAUUUAGAGAAAGUGUCAUGUUUAUAUGUUUUUAAUAUUAAUCUUUUAUUGGUGGUCAUUUCUCCACAUCCAGAGUGAAUGUAUUCAUUAAAAGCUGCUUCGGGCUGAUACUGAGCUCCAGUUUAUUAAGAAAAACUGGAAGUUUCUGUAUUUUUGUCAUUCAAAGCUACAAACUGAUAGACUGACAGGAAUCCUCCUGAUCUGAGGGACUGCUGCAGUUAUCAGUUAACACUGUAAAUCAGAGACUAGCGUUAAACUGUCAUCUGAACCCUUAACAGGUAACCUCAGGAAUACCGUUUGUGCUGCAGCGUGAGCUGAGUAAUCUUACAACCACAGAAACCCUCCCUGAACACCAACCACCUUUAGGUGGGGCACCUACAUGUUAUUAAUUUGUGCUGUUUAUGCUGCUUUCAUAGUUUGUGGCCUUUAAGAGUUUAUUACCUCCAUGUACUCAUCUCUGCACUAUAAGCUGAUCGUAGCACGACUCCAAAAGCUGAACCAGAGAUGUUUCAACACAGAACCCACAGAAAUGUGGAUCAGAUUAUUGCAAUGAAGGAAAAAAAUGAGCUUUAUUUUUUUUUUUAAAAACAGCGACAGCUGGCUGUGAACAGACGUCCACACAUCUUCUCCACCUGCACAGACUAGUAUUAUAGACUAGUAGGGGCUGACUGAUCAAUAAAUCAGUUUGGUGACAAGGAUGAAAAAUGAGUUUGUAAAUCUGGUGACUCAUGAGUUUGAGUCACCACUGAGGCAGAUUCUUCUUCUGGUCAUUCUUACUGUUUAUUUUAUUUUAUUUUAUUCUAAUUGAUGUCAGAGAGAGUAGAAACAAUUCUUUCUUCAAAAUGUUGUAACAAUAUCUUAAUCAGGGCCAAACAUGGAAAUGUUUGCUGGGUAGUUAAACCUUUUAAACAGACUUACAUGAUAUUUCCUGUUUUUUCCAUUAGAUUUUUUUUUAGCACUUUAUUAACGUUAAAUGAGUUUGAUCUCAUUUGUCUUUGUUUGAACAUUUUCUUUUGUUUGUCUGCAAAAACUUUUAUAAAACCUUUUAAGUUCCUUAUAAAUAAAAGUAUUACACAUCUCAUUGGUGUAUUUUAUUGCCACUGUUAUACAGUUUUAUUUAUUUCAAAGGAUGACGCUCUGUUGUUGCACUUAAUUAAAUAUUUGUGUUGC